AUGACAUGUGAGAAAUGUGGCAAUACUGGACACUCGGGAAAAUCUUGCUCGUUCACUCAAGAGGACGAGAACUCCUUUGGGAACGACACUCCCAAUGACACAAACUGCCGUCCUCAGCAAGAGCGGAGAAGGAGGUCGGUGGCCGACGAGCAAUUCGGCAAGUUCAUCGAGGUAAUUGAGAAGCUUUAUGGCAACAUACCACUUCUUGAUACUAUGCAGGUUCCCACAUACGCCAAGUAUCUCAAGGAUAUCCUUGGCAACAAGAGGGUCCUGCCGAUCACCAAGGUCGUGCAGCUUACAUAUGAGUGUAGCACAGCUAUACUCAACCCUCUACUGGAGAAGAAGAAGAAACCAGGAUGCCCCACCAUCACAUGUUCCAUCGGAGCUCAACACUUUAAGCACGCUCUUUGCGAUCUGCGAGCAAGUAUCAGCGUCAUGCCAAAGAUGGAGGACCUAUCGGUUCAUUAUCCCAUGGGGAUUGCCGAGAAUAUUCCGGUGAAAAUAUGGAAUUUCUUUGUCCCCAUUGAUUUUGUCAUUCUCGACAUGGAAGUCGACAACAAGACCCCUCUCAUAUUGGGAAGGCCAUUCUUGAGUAUGACAAAUGCAUACAUUGAUGCGGGAGUUGGAGUAAUCCAACUCAACAUCAAUGGGCAGAAGGAGAGAUUUGGCUUCAGACCGAAGGAUGAGCAAUGCUCACAGAUCAAAAGUAUCAACCGGAAGGAAUUCGUGAAAGAGCUAGAGAAGCCAUCUACCCCAUCCAACUAUACGCUCAUCGAAUUUGUGGAGAAUCUUCGAACUCGAGAGGAGAUCAAGGUGUAUAACCAACGAAACGCGAAGCGGAAUAUCCAACGUAAGAAAUUUCUGGAAUUUGGGAAGAAAGAGAUCGAAAUAACUCUGCCAAUGGCGGAAGAAAGCGUCGCCACCAACGUAUCCAUCAGGUGA